AUGAACAACAUCAAUGCCUCCAUCUAUGAACACAAGAAGUUCACACUAUUAAAACGUAAACGCGAUCAGGACGAAUCAGAUGAUGUGAUUUUUGUGUCAGAGCUGCCCGCCAAACGUCGCUUCUUUCGCCCUUGGGUGGAUGAACCACAAGCAACUUCACCAGAACAGCCAGCACAAAAGACAGCUCCCACUACAGCGGCGACCACCUAUCAUGCCAAUAUGGUGCGCUCCCAAAGGCCAUGUCUGCGCAGCCCGAAGGCGCAACAACGUCGUGAUCGCAACACAUUGGCUUGCCUUCUGAGCCGGCGAGCCAGAAUGGUCAAGGAAGUCGCCAUGGAUCAGCAGUAUAAGCAAUUUAAGCAGCAGCAUGAAAUGAACAUGGAGCAACAGAUCCGACUGAGUCUUUACUAUGUGCGGGCUCUGCAACAGGCAAUGGCCUCAUCACAAGCUUCUCUCAGUUUUAAUUACCGGGACCAGCUGCAGCACUGGGGACAACCUGAACGCCAGCAGACGCAUAUAAUGAAGCGAUCGCAUUGA